GACCUUAGGGUUCCUUUUCUCAUUCAUGCAUAACAUUAAGUUCGAUGCGAUCGGCUUUCGAUUGCCUUUGACUACGGGUCUUUACCGAACCCGGAAGGAGCGCGUCUCGCUGAGCUCGGCACUCCCGCGCAGGCGCUGCCGAGGGGCGUCUCCUAGCAACGCGCGGCCUAGUCGUGGGCCCGGAGCCUGGGCCUGGCGUAGGGGCGCGAUGCUGCGGGGCCUGGCGGCGGCGGGGCUCCGAAAGGGAGCCUCCUUCGGCCGAAGGGGAGGAGGGGAUAGAAAGGGGAAAGGCUUCCCGCGGUGGGGCCUCGGCCUCGGCUUGGGCUUGGCCGCCGCGGCGGUUUCCUCCGCAGCCGGGAGCGACGAUAUGGAGGCGGGUUGGGAUCCGCAGGAAAGGCCGAGGCGGGCAGCGGCCUACAGCCGGGCCCAGGCCGCCAGCAGGGACCUCCUGCGACGAGUGAAGGACGAAGUGGGGGCCCCUGGCAUCGUGGUGGGAGUCUCUGUCGACGGGAAGGAAGUCUGGUCUGAAGGCAUGGGUUUUGCCGACGUGGAGAACCGGGUGCCCUGCCGGCCGGAGACUGUCCUGCGCAUCGCGAGCAUCAGCAAACCCUUGGCCAUGGUGGCGGCCGCGAAGCUGUGGGAGGAAGGGAAGCUGGACUUGGAUGCCCCCGUCCAGAAGUACGUCCCGGAAUUUCCCGAAAAGGAGUAUGAAGGAGAAAAGGUCACGGUGACGACUCGGCUGCUGGCCUCCCAUCUGAGCGGGAUCCGCCACUACGAGAAGGAUGUCUCCAAAGUCAAGGAAGAGAAGGAGAAGGCUAACCAGGCACUGAAGGCGGCGGCAAAAGGUCCCGCAAAGGAGAAAGAGGACAAAGCGGCUGAAAAGAGCAAAGGGAGCGAUGCCAAGGGCGGGAAGAAGAAAGGAGAAUUUGAACACGAGGAAUAUUACCUGAAAGAGAGGAUCGAGCACGUGAUGGACUCCCUGGAUAUCUUUAAAAACGACCCUCUCUUCUUCAAACCAGGCAGCCAGUUCUUGUAUUCAACGCAUGGAUUCACCCUCCUGAGCGCCGUAGUGGAGCGUGCCUCAGGACAGAGGUUCACGGACUACAUGCUACAAAUCUUCCGCGACCUGGACAUGUCGGCAACGGGGCUGGACGAGAAUGAGCCGCUCAUCUACAACAGAGGGAGGUACUACACCCACAACAAGAAGGGCCGCCUGGUCAACGCUCCCUUUGUGGACAACUCCUACAAGUGGGCUGGGGGCGGCUUCGUGUCCACGGUGGGUGACCUCCUCAAGUUUGGCAAUGCCAUGCUUUACAGCUACCAGCUGGGCUCCGUCCCGGAGAGCCUCCCUGCAGGGCAGCUGCCUGGCUACCUGAAGCCUGGCACGGUGGCCAUGCUGUGGUCCACAGAGUCCGCCUGUCCCAAGGAGGGCCGCUACGGCCUGGCCUGGUUCGUUUCCGAGGGGCGGCAGGAGUGCGGCUUCUGCCGGCGCUCGCGGCAUCACGCCUUCCACACGGGGGGAGCCGUGGGCGCCAGCAGCGUCCUGCUCAUCCUUCCCGAGGAAGCGCACCCCGAGGAGAAGGAGGGCCUCCCGGUGAAGCCGCCCCGCGGCGUGGUGGUCUCCAUCCUCUGCAACAUGCAGUCCGUCUCCCUCAGCGGCACCGCUUUGAAGAUCGCGAGCGAGUUCGAAACAGACAAACUGGCCCAGCAGACCGGACAAAACGGCUCCACGGACUAAGCGGAAGCAUUUCCUUGAUCCCGGGAGAAAGAACAACAUCCUUCUCAAGGAAAGCCAGGCCUCAGACAGGGAAGGGCUUUUAAAAAAAUCCCAAUUUGCCAAAAGCACAAGCAGUUGUUACUCUGCCACUUGAGCUGGUCCUCAACGCACAUUUUUCCCUUUGUUUCCUCACGGACGAAUUGAGUUCAAGAUGAAGAAUUGCCUUCUGCGAGGGGAUCCGGCACCAUGCAAAACCUCUUCAACGUGCAGCCCUCCCACUCCCAGGAGACCUUCUUUCCAACUUUUCCAACGGUCGGGAAUUCUGGGAACCCCGGCAGUGAUGCUUGUGCAAUAAGUAGGGUUCUCUGGACAUUCAAUAGGAUACUUUGCUAUUCGACGCCAGUGCCAAUGGGACUUUCUUCUGCUUCUUUUGCCUCUGGAGCAGAUGCAUAGACCAGGCAGACAGCUGCAGGAAUGAUGGGAUGUAUAGUUGGAUCUACACCGCCAUGUGAUUCCCGUUCAAAGCAGAUAAUCUGGAUUCAGAAACUGGCGGAUAAGGCAGUGCAGACGGGGCCAAAGAGGAUGACCAUGAAGUGCCAACAUAGCCAAGAAAAUUUGUUUCUCGCUUCCUCUCGACUGCCGGCGGCUCUUAAAGCGUUUUGACGUUUUAAGUGCAAACAACUGCAAAAACUACUCUUCCGGGUAUCCCUUGACGUUGUGGUGCUACUAUUUGAUUAAUAAAUACAAUUACUGCAGUUUUGAUCAA